GUUAAAUCCACCCAAUAGAACUAAAACUUCUCUAGUAUAAAUUUUUUCUUUCAACAAUGUGUAGUUUUUCCUCCUUAACACCUAUGAGCAAAAGAUUAGAAGGCGAAGUGGCGAUAAUAACAGGAGGAGCAAGCGGCAUUGGUGAGACCACGGCCAGACUAUUUGCUCGACAUGGUGCAAGAGUGAUUACAGCCGAUGUUCAAGACGAUCUCGGCGAAGCCAUUUGCAAGGACUUCAAGUCCGACGGAACAAUUCAUUAUGUGCAUUGCGAUGUUACCAGAGAGGAAGAUGUUAAAAACGUCGUCGAAUUUGCCAUGUUCAAGUAUGGGAAGCUGGACAUCAUGUUCAACAAUGCUGGCAUCAUAGGAAACAUUGAACCAACAAUUUUAGGCUCGGAUAACGAAAACUUGAAAAGGGUUUUUGAGGUUAACGUUUAUGGAUGUUUCUUGGGUGCCAAGCAAGCGGCUAGGGUUAUGAUCCCAGCGAAAAAAGGCGUCAUUCUUUUCACCGCCAGUCUUGCUUCCGUGAUAAGUGGCGAGGCGCCGCAUGCCUACACGAUGUCAAAGCACGCGGUGGUGGGGCUGAUGAAGAACUUGUGUGUGGAAUUAGGGCAACAUGGCAUUAGGGUUAAUAGUAUUUCCCCGGGUUCCAUGGCAACGCCAUUGUUAACUAGUGCAAUUGGGAAAGACAAAGUAUUUAUAGAAGAAGUUAUUCACUCAACAGCAAACCUGAAAGGGGCGGUGCCAGUAGUGGAUGAUGUAGCGGAAGCUGCAGUGUUUUUGAGUAGCAAUGAAGCUUGAGUAGCAAUGAAGCUAAGUGUGUGAGUGGAGUAAAUUUUAUAAUAGAUGGAGGUUACAGCACCACCAAUCGGUCAUUUACCAUGUUGCUUAAAAGUUUGUUGCCUUGAAUAAUCCUUAAAUUAGGUUUUCAACUAUAUUAGUACUUGUUUGUGGUAUUAUCUGAAAUUAAUUCGACUGAAUAAAAUCAUUGUUGAUGUACUGAGACUUCAGUGUUUAGUAUGCUUGAGAAAUAAAGCUUGUUUCUGACCA